AUGUACUGGCCGUCCCAACCGAAGACUCCCAAAAAGCGCGAAGAAAACGGCGAGGACAUCGGUAGGCGGGAGCCUCGCUUCUAUGUCCAGAAAUCCUCGACUACGUCGAGUACGAGGUCGCAACCCAGAGCGCCGGCCCGCAUUCCCCUACCAUUGCAACGCAUUCCAGUUGUCAACAAGGCUCUUGCGAAACGCCACGCACGGAAGUCAAGUGCUCGAGGUACGUCUGUACCCAACGCAGCGCCUGAGACGCCGCCCGCCCAGGAUAUCAGAAGCGACGCGGACGACAACUUUCUCUUGCAGCCGGAUUGCAAGCCGAACAACUGCGUUCACGAGAAAGGCAAGCCGUGCCCCAACGAGAUGUGCUUGCUCGCACGACACGAGGAGAAAAAGACGAGCAGUAUGUCUCAAGUUUUCACUCUCACCAGACCGUCAUCGUUGAUCAGCAAACUCAAGGACGCUGUUAAGGCGCCCACUUCCAGCGCCGAUUCGAAGAACAAAAGCGGCGCCAAGGGCAAAAGCAGCUCGCAGUCUUCCGAUAAAGCCGUGGACAAAAGUUCGAAGAAGCCGCCCGACGGUGCGACCGCAAGGAUACCCGAAAAGACCUUGGCCACUUCGCCAACGAGAGCUUCCGAUAACGCGUCCGGUGCAGGAUCGCCGAGCAAGACGCCCCCGAAACCCUCGGACUCCGCAAAGUCUAAGAAGUCGACCGGUUCCGGCGCUAGGAGAUGUUCGGUGAACUCCGCAGCCAAAGCGGCGGCCGUUUUACCUCCCAAGAAAGGAGCCGCUCCGGUGGUUCACAAGGCCGCCAAGAAGACUGCGAUAGCCGCCGGCAAGAUAACAGCUAACCGUACAAUUAACAUCGCAGCGCCGAAAAAGAAGACGACUGGGAUGCCCCCGGUAAGAAUCCGGGCUAAAAUCGCUCAGCAAGGAACCAUUCCCCGAACCGACGGUGGAAAGCGACGGACCUCUGAUCCUAAGGGCAGCGGCAAAGUCGUCGACAAGGUGGGCGCUAAGCAAACCCAGACCGACUCUGAGAAAGCCGGUGCCAACGUUUCCGACCGCCUGCAGCGAGACGACAAAACAUCCACGGACAAGACCAGCGACAGGGGAUCCGAAAAAAGCAGCGACGGUAAGUCGCCGCUGCUGCCGAAGGACGCGCCCGACAAGAACCAGAGCUCCGGCGGAAAAAUCUCGAACGUGGGCGACGGCUGCGUUCAAAACGCGGCAACCGCGACAAAGUCCGGGUCCAUGGCCACCGGAACUAGCACGAGCUCGUCCCGGGGAAUUACCAAGACCAUCGACUGGCCUGACAUCACGACGAUCGCGCGAGCCCUGUUAGUCUCGGUGCUGGUCGUCGCCGUGGUCGUAGUCCUGCUCUCGUUGAUCUUUCCGGAGGCGUUCGAGAAGAUAGUGACCCUUAUACUGGGAACGGACGCGAGCGGCAUCUUACCACGACGUCCGCACGGUCACUUGCUGGACGCGCCGUACCUAUCCGUCACAUUGAAGACCAGCGAGCGUACUGUCGCACCAGAACCACGCGACAGAAUAUCCGGGGGUGGCCACGAGACUAUAGACUGA